AUGGAUGUUCUUCAUAAGGCCAUAGGAACUCCGGAGAUGGAUCCUAUAGAUACCCUGCGCUUGUUUUUUCUUCUUUCUGCCGCCACUGUAUGUGAGUUUGCGAUCGUCCCUCAGCUUCCUAAUGACUUCCCCUCCUCCAAACUAACAGAAAGAUGUGCGAACCUCUUCCAGGCGUUUUCGAUCAGCAUUCCCUCUUCUCUACGCACCCGCUUCCUCGUCUACGGUCCACGUACAACCUCAACACCUGCCGCAACGGCUGAGCGCCCCGAGAUCAACAGAUCCACGUUUCUCGAUUACCUAGCCACCUGGCAAGUUCCGCAUCGUUACUUUACCCAUUUUUAUAUCGCCUCGGUCCUUUCCUCGGUCUUCUGGUUCUUCCAAUUAGCCUGCCGUGGCACAGCAUUCCAGCUAGUAGCCGCCCGAAUGAGUGAAGAACAUCUGCAACAAUCCAUGUCUCUCACGCAGGUCUUGAUCUGUUGGAUCCUACUUGCCAUCCAGGGUGGGCGCCGCCUAUGGGAAAGCUAUAAGUUUGCAAAACCAUCUUCGUCACAAAUGUCUGUUGCCCACUGGUUUCUCGGAAUUACCUUCUACAUGGCUGCAGGUAUGGCCAUUUGGGUUGAAGGUUGUGGUGCCAUCCGCUCAUACAAUCUUACACUUGAUGAUAUUAAAAUGACCAAUGCCCCGACGGCUCGCACUUUCUUCUGCGUGCCGCUCUUCCUUAUGAUGUCUGGCUUGCAGCAUGACUGUCAUCAUUUUCUCUUCUCCCUGAAGAAGUACACCGUCCCCGACCACCCUAUCUUCCGAACGGUCGUGUGUCCUCAUUACGGUGCGGAAUGUCUGAUCUAUCUAUCUUUGGCACUUUUGGCAGCCCCUCCAGGUCAUUUAGUCAAUAAGACCAUGCUGACGUGUCUUGGCUUUGUGGCGGUGAACCUAGCCCUUACGGCACGGACGACGAAAGAUUGGUACAAGGAAAAAUUUGGCCUCGCAUCGGUGCAGGACCGAUGGCUUAUGAUUCCGUGGGUAUACUGA